UGCACCGAAACGGCCUCCGGAACGCAGGGACGCCAGCACCGGCCGCUGCUCUCGGUUCCCAGCUCCAAGCGUCGGACAUGCUGAAGCCGGGGGACCCCGGUGGCUCGGCCUUCCUCAAAGUGGACCCAGCCUACCUGCAGCACUGGCAGCAACUCUUCCCGCACGGAGGCGGCGGCGGCCCGCUCAAAGGCAGCGGGACCGCGCUUCCCCUUGGCGCGCCCCAACCCCUGCAGCCGCCUCCGCCUCCGCCGCCUCCCGAGCGUCCCGAGCCUCCUCCGGACAGCCUGCGGCCACGGCCAGCCUCGAUCUCGUCCGUCUCGUCCACCCCAGCUCCCUCCUCCACCUCCGCCUCUUCUGCCUCCUCCUGCGCCGCCGCCGCCGCGCUGGCGGGUCUCUCGGCCCUGCCGGUGGCGCAGAUCCCGGUGUUCGCGCCUCUAGCUGCUGCUGCGGUGGCCGCGGAGCCUCUGCCCCCAAAGGACCUGUGCCUGGGCGCCUCCUCCGGCCCCGGGCCCGCUAAGUGCGGCGGCGGCGGUGGCAGCGCGGGGGACGGUCGUGGCGUCCCGCGUUUCCGCUGCAGCGCCGAGGAGCUGGACUAUUACCUGUACGGCCAGCAGCGCAUGGAAAUCAUCCCGCUCAACCAGCACACCAGCGACCCCAACAACCGUUGCGACAUGUGCGCGGACAACCGCAACGGCGAGUGCCCCAUGCACGGGCCGUUGCACUCGCUGCGCCGGCUUGUGGGCACCAGCAGCGCUGCGGCCGCUGCACCCCCGCCGGAGCUGCCCGAGUGGUUGCGGGACCUGCCACGGGAGGUGUGCCUGUGCACCAGCACGGUGCCCGGCCUGGCGUACGGCAUCUGCGCUGCGCAGAGGAUCCAGCAGGGCACCUGGAUUGGGCCCUUCCAGGGCGUGCUCCUGCCCCCGGAGAAAGUGCAGACCGGCGCUGUGAGGAACACGCAACACCUCUGGGAGAUCUAUGAUCAAGAUGGGACACUACAGCACUUUAUUGAUGGUGGGGAGCCUAGUAAGUCGAGCUGGAUGAGGUAUAUCCGAUGUGCAAGGCACUGUGGAGAACAGAAUCUAACAGUAGUUCAGUACAGGUCGAAUAUAUUCUACCGGGCCUGUAUAGAUAUUCCCAGGGGCACCGAGCUUCUGGUGUGGUACAAUGACAGCUAUACGUCUUUCUUUGGGAUCCCUUUACAAUGCAUUGCCCAGGAUGAAAACUUGAAUGUCCCUUCCACGGUAAUGGAAGCCAUGUGCCGACAAGAUGCCCUACAGCCCUUCAACAAAAGCAGCAAGCUUUCUCCCUCUGGCCAGCAGCGCUCCGUGGUUUUCCCACAGACUCCCUGCAGCAGGAAUUUCACCCUCUUGGAUAAAUCUGGGCCCAUUGAGGCAGGAUUUAACCAAAUCAACGUGAAGAAUCAGCGGGUGCUGGCGAGCCCAACCUCCACCAGCCAGCUGCACUCAGAGUUCAGCGACUGGCACCUUUGGAAGUGCGGCCAGUGCUUUAAGACUUUCACACAGCGCAUCCUUCUGCAGAUGCACGUGUGCACACAGAACCCAGACAGACCCUACCAGUGUGGCCACUGCUCCCAGUCCUUUUCCCAGCCAUCAGAACUGAGGAACCAUGUAGUCACUCACUCCAGUGACCGGCCUUUCAAGUGUGGCUACUGUGGUCGUGCAUUUGCUGGGGCCACCACUCUCAACAACCACAUCCGGACGCACACUGGAGAAAAGCCCUUCAAGUGCGAGAGGUGUGAGAGGAGCUUCACACAGGCCACACAGCUGAGUCGACACCAGCGGAUGCCCAAUGAGUGCAAGCCAAUAACUGAGAGCCCAGAAUCAAUCGAAGUGGAUUAACUGAUUGACUGGCUGGAAUUAAACUGCAAGGAAAGUCAUGAUUAAAUGUCACGGACACUUAAGCAAAACCAAAGAUUUCCUCUGAGCAACUUUCAAUCAGUCCCAGAAAACCAAAAGCAGUAAUAAAAUAAGUAAGAUGUUAAGAGAUAUUGAUCCUGGCAUGGAAGUCAGACCAGGAAAGAGAUUAUUUAUUUAUGACUAGGGUUGAGACUGAUUUCCAUGGACAACUCACCUGGGAUGGCUAGCCUUUCCAGUCCAAUCAUGUGUUUGCUUUAUUUCUAAAAAGCU